GUUCAAAAACUUAGUCUGGUGGCUGUAAGCAACUCCGUUCCACAGGAUAUCUGUUGCAUGGCAGCUGAUGGGAGGCUAGUCUUUGCUGCGUAUGGGAAAGUUUUCUCUGCAUUUGCCCGUAGUAAAGAGAUAGUACAUACUUUUAAGGGCCAUAAGGCAGAAAUCCAUCUCUUGCAACCCUUUGGGGAUCACGUUAUCUCUGUGGAUACGGACAGCAUUCUUAUUAUUUGGCACGUAUAUUCAGAAGAAGAAUACCUUCAGUUGACUUUCGAUAAGUCAGUUUUUCAAAUUUCGACGAUUUUACAUCCAAGCACCUACUUAAAUAAAAUCCUACUGGGCAGUGAACAGGGAAGCCUGCAGUUGUGGAAUGUAAAAUCCAAUAAACUUCUGUAUACAUUUCCAGGGUGGAAAGUUGGAGUAACAGCCCUUCAGCAGGCACCUGCUGUGGAUGUUGUUGCCAUUGGUCUUAUGUCUGGUCAGGUUGUCAUUCACAACAUUAAGUUUGAUGAAACAUUAAUGAAGUUCCGUCAGGACUGGGGACCCAUUACUUCCAUUUCAUUUCGCACAGAUGGUCAUCCAGUAAUGGCAGCUGGCACCCAGUGUGGCCAUAUUGGACUCUGGGAUCUGGAAGACAAAAAAUUAAUCAAUCAAAUGAGAAAUGCACAUUCCACAGCAAUAGCUGGGCUGACAUUUCUGCAUAGAGAACCUCUGCUUGUUACAAAUGGCGCUGACAAUGCUCUUAGGAUAUGGAUAUUUGAUGGCCCUACAGGUGAAGGACGGCUGUUGAGAUUCAGAAUGGGACAUAGUGCUUCUCUAACCAAGAUCAGAUAUUAUGGACAAAAUGGACAGCAGAUUUUAAGUGCAAGUCAAGAUGGAACUCUACAGUCAUUUUCUACAGUUCAUGAAAAAUUCAACAAGAGCUUGGGGCAUGGAUUAAUAAAUAAAAAGAUAGUUAAACGUAAAGGACUUCAGAACACCAUGUCAGUAAGGCUUCCGCCUAUCACAAAGUUUGCUGCUGAGGAAGCUCGUCAAAGUGAUUGGGAUGGUAUCAUUGCUUGCCACCAAGGUAAGCUAUCUUGCUCAACCUGGAAUUACCAAAGAUCUACAAUAGGUGCUUAUUUUCUCAAGCCAAAAGAAUUAAAGACAGAUGACAUCAUUGCAACAGCAGUAGAUAUAACUUCCUGUGGAAACUUUGCAGUAAUUGGCCUCUCCUCAGGAACUGUAGAUGUGUAUAACAUGCAGUCUGGUAUACAUCGAGGAAGUUUUGGAGAUGAUAAAGCUCAUGCAGGUUCUGUUAGAGGUGUUGCGGUGGACGGAUUAAACCAGCUAACUGUUACAGCUGGUAGUGAGCGAUUACUCAAAUUCUGGAACUUUAAAAGCAAGGUUUUAAUCCAUUCUUUGAGCCUUGAUUCAUCUCCAAAUAUGAUGCUGCUACAUAGGGACAGUGGCAUUCUGGGGCUUGCUUUGGAUGACUUCUCCAUCACUGUCCUAGAUAUAGAAACUAGGAAGAUUGUCAGAGAGUUUUCUGGACACCAAGGCCAAAUAAAUGACAUGACAUUCAGUCCUGAUGGCCGUUGGUUGAUAAGUGCUGCAAUGGAUUGCUCUAUUAGGACUUGGGACCUUCCAUCUGGGUGCCUUAUCGACUGCUUUUUGUUAGACUCAGCUCCUCUCAAUAUUACUAUGUCCCCCACUGGAGACUUUCUAGCAACUUCCCAUGUGGACCACCUUGGAAUUUACCUGUGGUCGAAUAUUUCCCUCUAUUCAGUUGUCUCCUUACGACCACUUCCUCCAGAUUAUGUCCCUUCAGUAGUGAUGCUUCCUGGGACUUGUCAAACCCAAGGUACAGAAGUGUUGGAAGAACAGAUUGAGCCAAGUGAUGAAAUGAUAGAGUAUGAGUCGCCAGAACAGUUGAGUGAGCAACUGGUGACUCUAUCACUUCUCCCAGAGUCACGCUGGAAAAAUCUUCUGAAUCUUGAUGUUAUCAAGAAAAAGAACAAACCAAAAGAACCACCCAAAGUACCCCAGUCAGCACCGUUUUUCAUCCCAACGGUUCCUGGGCUUGUACCCAGGUUUGCUGUACCUGAGCAGAAUGGGGACCCCCAGCAGUCUAAGGUGGUAAACCUUGGGAUUUUGGCUCAAAAAUCAAAUUUCUACCUGAAACUUGAAGAAGGAUUGCUGAAUAAUCAGUAUGAAGCUGCUCUUAACCUUCUGAAAGAAUUAGGCCCAUCAGGAAUUGAAACAGAGCUGCGAAACCUGUCUCCUGAUGAUGGUGGGUCAGUAAAAGUCAUGCAGGGCUUUUUGAAAAUGAUCGGGAUGAUGUUGAACAGAAAGCGUGAUUUUGAGUUAGCCCAGGCAUACCUUGCCUUGUUUUUGAAGUUACACCUCAAAAUGCUUCCUUCAGAGCCGGUGUUGUUAGAAGAACUGGUAAAGUUGUCAUCACAGGUAGAAGAAGACUGGACUCACUUACAGUCACUCUUCAAUCAAAGCAUGUGUGUUUUAAAUUAUAUCAAAAGUGCUCUGUUGUAAAAAAUAAACUUCAGCUGUGUGUAAA